AUGGAACUUGAACCCAACAUCAUCGCCAUCUUCGGUCCACCUCCAGAUGAUCUCGAUAUUUCAGAAAGCAGCGUCGCUCGCAAUAAUGCCGCCGUCAUAAUACUAGCCGUGCUAGCCUCCGCGGCCGUGGUGCUCCGGCUGAUGGCGAGGUUUCUUCAAGGUCACAGCCUGAAGGCGGAUGAUUGGACAAUUCUUCUCUCACUGCUCCUCGUAGGCGCCACCGUCGGCUUGAGCAUCGCAGGCGGAGCUUACGGUGCGGGAAAUCACGUCUGGUCAUUCACACCUCAAGACCUGACACAAGUCUUUAAAAAAUGCAAACCCUCAGCGCACUCGGAACUUCACGUUCAAACUAACUCCCCAAAACCACAGAUCCUCUACGCCUACACCUUCAUCUACGGCACAGCCUGCGCCGCCACCAAAAUCUCCAUCCUCCUCUUCUACCAACGCAUCUUCCUCCUCUCCACCGCCUCCUCCCCGUCCUUCAAAUUCUCCCUCGUCGCAGGGUACGUCCUCUCCGUAGCCUAUCCCAUCAUCAUCUGGGCCACCAUGGCCAACGCGUGUCGCCCCCUCUCGUUCUACUGGAACCAGUUUGUGGGUGAACAGGGGAAAUGCAUAGACAUCAAUAGCUUCUACCUCGCCCUCGCCAUCAUCAACAUGGUCAACGAUAUCAUUGUCCUCUUGAUUCCCAUCCCGCAGAUCUUAAAGCUGCAAAUGUCGGGCAGGAAAAAGGCCGCUGUUUGUAGCAUCAUGUUGCUGGGAAGUUUCGUCUGCGUAGCAAGUAUAGUCCGCAUAACCCACCUCUCAACCUUCUCCCGCGCUCUCGACAUAACCUGGCAAAUGGGCCCCGUCUUCAUCUGGUCCGCAAUCGAACCCUCGAUCGCAAUCGUGUCCGCCUGCCUCCCGCACCUCGCGCCCCUCCGCCGCCUCGUCCGCCACAAAAUCUCAUCUUCCCUCGGCCACUCCAGUGGUAAUGCCGGAGGUGGAGGGCCCUCAUCUAACAGCGCACCAUGGCGAUUGAAAUCGAAGCAGAGCGCCAGUGGAGGAAAGAACAGCAGCUCUCAAAAUGGUACGGGUGCCCUGUUCACGUACGGCGGGUCAAGGUUUAACUUUAGCGGGGGAGGGGGCGACGGCAAGUUGGGCGGGGAGUCGGAUGACGAGAUUGGACUAACAAAUCGAAUCACGGCUGGAUCUGGCAGGCUUCAUCCAGGAGAGCAUGAGGAAUCCGAGGUAGUGAAUAACAGCACCGAGGACGACAGGACAUCCUAUGAAGUCACAAACGAAACUGCGUGA